CACCGGCCGGCCCAACUGGAAGAAGCGAUGGAGCUGCUGCGCUGAGUACGACGAGAACGCCCCUCCCUGCCAACGAGGCCCCCAUGUAUCCUACGAUGAUGGUUUCACCAUGUACUAAUGUUCCCACCUCUCCAAGAUUAAUUGUAAGAAAUGAAAUAAUACAGUCCUAUACACACUGGAGAGCUCCUGACAAAGUGAUUAAUUAAUUUCAUGCUUUUCAUUUACAUUAAUCAUAGAUGUCAAUAUCCAAUUUCUGUGUUCUGUUUUUCUCCUCUUUCAAAAAGCGAUGGCGGGUGGAUUUUAUUCAAAAAAAAUAUGGAAAUAGAAUUGUUAUGAGUAAUUAUUUGAAGAUUACUAUAUUGAGCAAUGGCUAAACGAGGCGUGAUCCUUGAAAGUUGAGGACUCUUGCAUCAUCCCCUAUAUACGCUCUCAAAUUUCUUCCUAAUUUAUUCAAUUCAUCAUUCUUCACUUGCGAGCCUUCUUUUCGUUAUACUCAAGCAAGCGAAUUCGUGAGUUUCCACACGGAUUCUCACGAACGCCAUGUCUAAGCGGGUUAUAUGUAAAUUUUUUGUCCAUGGCGCUUGCUUGAAAGGGGAGCACUGUGAGUUUGCGCAUGAUUGGAAGGCCCCAACUAACAAUAUAUGUACCUUCUAUCAAAAGGGGAUUUGCACAUAUGGUAGUCGAUGCAGAUACGAACAUGUCAAACUUUCUCCUUCUUCAUCGGAUACUCCCCUCCCCGUUGUUUCUGGAACUGCCACAGAUUUGGCACGAAAUGAUAUGCCAAAUGAGGAUAGUUAUAUGGGCCAUUCCAACGAUGCUGGUCCAUCUGGUCAUGCUAUGUGUUCUUUUGCUGCUGUUGGUGAUUGCCCGCGAGGGGAAGACUGCCCUCACAUUCAUGGGGAUGUAUGUCCAAUCUGUGAGAAACAAUGCUUGCAUCCCUUUAGGCCUCAAGAAAGAGAAGAGCACUUGAGGUCUUGUGAGAAAAGGCGUAAACAUUUAGAAGCACUGAGGUGUAGUCAAGAUAUAGAGUGUAGUGUGUGCCUGGAGGCUGUCCUCUCGAAGCCUACAUCAGCGGAAAGGAAAUUCGGGAUUCUAUCAGAGUGCGACCAUUCAUUUUGCAUAUCGUGUAUCAGAAAUUGGCGUAGUAGCUCUCCGAGCUCUGGGAUUCAUGUUAAUUCUGCUAUAAGAGCUUGCCCUAUAUGUCGAAGACUUUCAUACUUUGUCAUUCCUAGUGUCGUUUGGUAUUCCUCGAGUGAGGAAAAACAAGAAAUUGUUCAGAGCUAUAAGACAAAACUGAGGUUUAUCGACUGCAAGCACUUUGACUUUGGGAAUGGGACUUGUCCAUUUGGGACAAGUUGCUUCUACAGGCAUGCAUUUCACGAUGGUCAUCUUGAGGAAGUUGUUGUACGCCAUGUUGGAGGUGAUGACGGAGAUACAGUCAUUGCCAAAGACAUAAGAUAAGAUGAUCAAACAGUUUUGAUGGCAAUUGAUGUGCAUCUCCAUCUCCAUGUUGUUACUAAAAAUAAGGAGCUUACACAAGGAAUUUGGUGCAUGAGAUAAUCUCGCGUGCCGUUCAACUAACAUUUCGACAACCUAUGGAACAAGCCUGCUUUUGGGCAAAUACAGCUAUUAUUUCAGUUGGAGCAGUGAUUCCAUGUUAUGAUAGUUAAGCUGGAGUAUAUUGAAAAGUGAAAAUGAUGUAUAUCUAUUAACUAUACCAAGAGUGAGGUGUUUUGGUUUUUGACCAUUGUUCUGUCCCAAAAAAGGUUUUGAUACUCCAAGAGAGUGGGCUUACUUGGAACAUGUAUGCAUUACUCCCUUCAUUUUGGUAGCUCUUGUAAUAGCUUACUGUUGAAAACUGGUGUUGUAACAUAUGCUACUCUCAUGAUUUGUGUAUCAUAUGCAAUAUUCAUGAAUUCUUUACAAUUCACCAUUAUGUGUUUAA